GGGGUAGUGUAAGUAAAAAAAAAAUAAAUAAAUAAAAAAACUACAACAACUACGUUAAGCUAUCAAAACAUACAAACGAAAGGGUAACCAUCUGUUUUGUACAUUAUGUUUCGAAACACUUGCUGGAGAAGGACUAUCAAUGAUUUAGUGAGCUGGCAUCAAGACCAAGCUUUAAAUACAACAAUAUUUAUACUUCGAGAGUUUGGUCCCACUGGAUUUCUUCUAAAGGAAGAGGGAGAAACCAGGAAUUUUAAGGUAUGUUUAGGAGACCCUCACUGUUGUACUUGCUCUGUGUUUUUCAAAGACAAAGACCUCUGCAAGCAUAUAUGCUGGGUUUUAUUAAAGAAAUUCAGACUACCGCGAGAGCAUGAAUAUUGCUUUCAGUUGGGUCUUGUGGAAAGAGAGAUCAACCAAUUGCUUUGGGGGCUACAUCAUGUAAAGACUCCACGACCAGCUGCCAAUAUUUCAGAGUCAAAGCAAAAGACAACGGAGGAUGAUGGAUGUGUUGGGCAGAAGAUGAUUGAUGCUGAAGAUGUGUGCCCAAUUUGCCAAGAGGAACUAUUGAAGAAAAAGCUGCCUGUGUCUUAUUGCAGGUAUGGCUGUGGAAAUAGUGUUCACAUCUCAUGCAUGAAGAUAUGGGCAGAUCACCAGACCAAAUCCCAGUCUGACACCAUGGUAAAAUGCCCCCUUUGCAGAAAAAACUUUGCCUCCUUGAAGAAUCUGUAUGAGGAAGUGAGGAACUCAGCUAAACUUACAACAGCAGCAGAGAAGGAGAGACCAGAUAGGCAUUUGGGAAUUCCAUGCAACAACUGCACGGCUUUCCCAAUUAAUGGCAAAUGCUUCAAAUGUACUGUCUGUUGUGACUAUCACCUGUGUGAGGAAUGUUUUAGAAAGCAAUGCCAUUCUCAUCACAGCUUUUCAUUUCGUCUGAAAAGGACCCAGCGAUGGAGACCAGUUAGCCAGCUUUCUAGCCAUUCACUGUCGCCUACAUUAAUGCUACCAGAUUCAUGCUCUCAUAAUAAAAUUGAUUCCAGUACAUCUGAAAGUCUACCUGAAAAUAUUGUCUCGAUGCUGCCAUUUUUGAUGGUGAGACAGAACAGCAAGCUGCUUGAACCAGGUCACCAGUGCAGAAUCUGUCUGAAGACAUUUAUCCUUGGUCAGCACGUUAGACAACUGCCUUGCCACCAUAAGUUUCACAAGAAGUGUAUUGACCAUUGGCUGCUGCAGGAGUGCAACUCUUGCCCGUUAGAUGGACAAGUAGUCUACAAUACCUUAACAUGGAAUAAUAUGAUAAGCAAGGAAAAAACCAAGAAGACUUUGCUAAAUCAUUUGAGACAGGAGGAUCAGCUGCAGCAAGAACUGUUUAUUCCUGGAAUAGGAAUUUCAAUUAAAAGAACAGGCGUUACUGGAGGUUACAGCCAACCAGGUCGAGAUAAACUACAAGAUCAGAGAGGCAGAUCACCUGGUCAAAUUCCACAGGACAUGAUUUUGAAUGGUUUAGAAUGUCUGCAAUUGAGUGGAAUGCCUUUGAAACAUGAUUAUCGGACCUCUGAUGACAGAUUAGCAACUGGCUACCAAGAAUCUCCACCUGAAGUCAGUAUAGGAAAACAGAAUUGUUAUUCUUCUGGAUCCAUAAAAACUGAACAUGUCAGCGAGAGGUCUGCUAUUUCUGCAGACACAAGUGUAAGGAUCAUUAAUAGAGCUUAUAACGAAAAGCAUGCUCUGGUAGAAAGCACCAGGAUCUCAGCUGUAAGAGGAAGACCCAAGAGUCACCUUAGCGGUUCUGCUGUUUGUCCAGAAUCUCCUGAAAAUGUGUUUGUUGGUUUAAACGUGCUCAGUAAAGACUGUAUGGUACAAGGCAGAGAAGUUUGCCAUCCUGGAAGAGCUACAUCCCACAGGAGAGUGAACUACAGGAGGCCUAGAUAUAACAGCGUUAAGGCAGCAGUUACUGAUGAAGCUCUUACAAUGGAAGGAAUCCGUCUGCACACUAAAUGAUAAAAGCGAUAUAUAAUGUACAGUAUAUUAUAAAGGCAUAUGUCAUGUAUCCUAUUUUAAAAGCUAUUAGUUAAUAAAUAAAUAAAUAUAGCAUUCUGUUUAAAUUACUAUUGUCAUGUGGUACCAAGGCACUGAACAGAAAUAUCAUUAUGGUGAGUGUAGAUUAAAUAUUCUGCACAUCUUUCCCACAGCAAAAUCCAGGGAGGAUAUUGUUGUUUAAAGUCAACAAACUGGGGAGUUCAGAUUAUUCUGGCAGUGAUUCGUACAAGCAAGAUAAGUGUAAACCUUUAGGUUGAGUUUCGGGGGCGCUGGUAAGUCACAUCUAUCCUUCCCCUAUCUCUAAUCUCCCUGUCAAUCACUUGCCCACUUCUAUAUAAGUCCGCUGUUUCCUCUUCCGCCCUCUAGCGUUUGUUUUUCGUACCCAACCUCCUCCCCUCCUCCUCCUUUCUGAUUCAGCAGCCCUGCACCAGUCCCAUCUAGGGGGUUAGAGAAGCUCACUUUCCCAGGCCUCCCUGGGCUACGUCCUUCGAGCUGGAGGUUCUGCAUCGGGCCAGACAGGACCCCCUGCCACACUCUCUAUCCUGUCGCAGCUCGUGCGCUUUCCCUCUUCUAAUUUCCGGACUCUCUCUCUCCUUGUCAGCUUUUGGCACAAAGUCUGUGUCGCAGUCUUUCGAUCUAUUUCUAAUCUCUACUUCUUUCUAGCUCCAGGACUCCUGUAAGCUCUGUUCCAUGAUACCGAGUCCCUCUAAUUUUUCCUUUUCAAGGCUCUGCUUCGGAGGUCCAUUCCGUCCCGGUGGUAGCUUCGUUCCCAAGUUGCUCAGCUGCAGCGGCUCUCCGAGAGUCGGGUCCUCUCUUCCUUCAAUCAAUUAUGGGUAGCUCCGUUCCCAAGCCGCCACGUAAACGGCUCCCCGCAGUGGGGGAUUCUAUCCAUGUGUUUUUCGAGUCUUGGGUCGCCGGACCAGCCUUUGGCAAUAAGGUUCUCUAUCACUUUAACUCCCUUCAAGUAUCAUUGCGUUCUCCAAGCUGUCAUGAAGCACUACACUUACCACUCACCAUCGCCCCGUGAAUUAGUUGUUUACAGUACUGAGGUCAACUUAGCAGGUUUUUGGUUAAAUAAAUUCAUUGAAAUUGGUUUUUGCAAUGUCAUUUUGUGGUUAACAGGCAUGUACUAUUUGUAAACUCUUUGCCAUAUAUGAAUUUCCACCAAAGAAACACAAAAAAAAAAACUGAUAGUUACACCACAAACAGUUUGUACACCUACAAUUUUUUACUAAACCAAUAACCACCUUCUUUUGUGUAUAUUCACUAACACAUUAAAAAAAAUCUAAAUAAAGAAU